AUGGCUCGUUCUUCCUUGCCCAACCGCCGUAUCGCCCAGUUCGAAGCGAACAAGAGGAAGACCAUUGCGCAUGCCCCAUCUCCUGGUCCUUCAAAUGGGAUGCACGCUGUAACGCCGGCCAUAUGUAAUAAUAGCGCUACCACUUCAGACUCCAAUAUUCAUGUGUACGUAAGGUGCAGAUCGCGUAAUAAAAGAGAAAUAGACGAAAAGAGUAGUGUGGUUAUAUCUACGCUAGGCCCACAAGGAAAAGAAAUCAUUCUGUCCAACGGUUCUCACCAAUCAUAUUCCUCCUCGAAGAAAACUUACCAAUUUGAUCAGGUAUUCGGUGCAGAAUCUGAUCAAGAAAUGGUGUUCAAUGCAACUGCAAAAAACUACAUUAAAGAAAUGUUACACGGUUACAAUUGUACAAUAUUCGCAUACGGUCAAACGGGAACAGGAAAAACCUACACUAUGUCUGGCGAUAUAAACAUUCUCGGUGAUGUACAAUCUACUGAUAAUCUGUUACUGGGAGAGCAUGCAGGUAUCAUACCACGGGUUCUGGUCGAUUUGUUCAAAGAAUUGAGCUCCUUAAAUAAAGAGUAUUCCGUAAAAAUAUCCUUCUUAGAGUUAUACAAUGAAAACUUGAAAGAUCUACUCUCUGAUAGUGAGAAUGAUGAUCCUGCAGUAAACGAUCCCAAGAGGCAAAUUCGUAUUUUUGACAAUAACAACAAUAAUUCGUCCAUCAUGGUCAAAGGAAUGCAAGAAAUCUUCAUCAACUCUGCUCACGAAGGCUUGAAUCUGUUAAUGCAAGGUUCUUUAAAAAGGAAGGUGGCCGCUACUAAGUGCAACGAUCUUUCAUCAAGGUCCCACACUGUCUUCACAAUCACGACAAACAUAGUUGAACAAGACAGUAAAGACCAUGGGCAAAACAAAAAUUUUGUAAAAAUCGGUAAAUUGAAUUUGGUGGAUUUGGCUGGCAGUGAAAACAUUAACAGAUCGGGUGCAGAGAAUAAAAGAGCUCAAGAAGCUGGCCUAAUCAAUAAAUCACUGCUGACAUUAGGACGUGUGAUCAACGCACUAGUUGAUCAUUCUAACCAUAUACCUUACAGAGAAUCCAAAUUGACAAGACUGCUACAAGACUCUUUAGGGGGUAUGACAAAAACGUGCAUUAUUGCCACAGUAUCGCCUGCGAAAAUAUCCAUGGAAGAGACUGCAAGUACGCUAGAAUAUGCAACGAGAGCCAAAUCUAUUAAGAAUACCCCACAAGUAAACCAAUCUUUAUCGAAGGACACAUGCCUCAAAGAUUACAUUCAAGAGAUUGAAAAACUAAGAAAUGAUUUGAAAAAUUCAAGAAACAAACAAGGUAUAUUUAUUUCUCAAGAUCAGUUGGAUCUUUACGAAAGUAAUUCCAUAUUAAUUGAUGAGCAAAAUCUAAAAAUUCAUAACCUACGAGAACAGAUUAAAAAAUUCAAAGAAAACUACCUUAAUCAAUUAGAUGUUAAUAAUUUUUUACAGUCUGAAAAAGAAAAACUAAUUACUAUAAUACGAAACUUCAAUAUCGAUUUUUCCAAAUUUUAUUCAGAAAUUCAAAAAAUCCACCAUACUAACCUCGAGCUUGUGAAUGAAGUCACUCAACAAAGAGAUUUUUCACAAGAAAUUUCUCAGAAACAAUACACCACCAACCACAAUAUGCAAUUAAAAAUUUCUCAACAAGUCUUACAAACUUUAAACACUUUACAGAGUUCUUUAAGUAACUAUAACUCAAAAUGUUUCCAAGUUAUCAACGGUGUCACCGAAGAAUUAACCCGUAGCGUAAACACCCAUAAAGCGAAACAUGAUUCUACUCUCAAAUCAUUAUUAAAUACCACUACAAACUUAUUGAUGAAUAAAAUGAACGAACUGGUUCGUAAUAUAUCGAAUUCAUUGGAAAAUUUUCGGAGUGAGUCUACUUCUUACUAUCAUAAAGAUUUGAAUAAAAUCUAUCAAUCACAUCAGCAGUUUUUGAAAGAUCUGCAAAACGAUAUCAAAAGUUGUCUCGAUUCGAUAGGCAGUUCAAUUUUAACUUCCAUAAACGAAAUAUCGCAAAGUUGCACCAAAAACUUGAGUAGUAUGAACGUUUUAAUUGAAAACCAUCAAUCAGGAUCAUCGAAGUUAAUCGAAGAGAAAGAUAUGGAAAUAAAAAAAUUGAAAAACGAUCUGAUAAAUGAGCGUAGGAUCUCUAACCAGUUCAAACAACAAUUGAAUGAACUGAAGGAAUAUUUUCAGGAUCAUGUAUUCAGGACCCGUGGCGAAUUUCACGAUGAACUUAGCGAGUUUAUCAGCAAUCUAAAAGAAAAACAAUCUAAGUUAGAUCAAGACAUCUGGCAGAAGACGGCCACUAUUCUCAAUGAAACGGAUACGAUAGUGAAUAAAAUUCAUUCCAACUCAAUAGCAUCCUUGGCCCAUAGUACUGAAAGCACUUUAAGAACGGUUUCUAAUAAUAAUACAAGCUUUACUAAGGAUUUGAUCAGUCUAUCACGUGAAAUGGAUUUGGACAUAUCCUCCAAGCUGAGGAGUUUGCCAAUUGAUGAAUUUUUAAACAAAAUGUCACAAACCAUUCGUAAAAACUGUGGUAAUGAUAAUACAACGGCAUCAAAUCCAGUAUUGAACUCUAUUAAAAAAUUUCAAAAUACGAUAUGUUCAGAUAUUGUCCUAACAAAUGAGAAGAUUAUGUCAUCAAUAGAUGAAAUAAAAUCACAGAUCGAAACCAUAUCUAAAAAGAAUAAUAUCGAUUUAACUGUAAUAAAUGAAAAUUUUCACUCUUUAUGCAGUUUUAUUCUAACUGAUUACGAGGAGAAUAUUAUGCAGAUCUCAAAGACCCAAGAUGAGGUACUUUCCGAACAUUGCGGGCAGCUUCAAUCACUAAACGAACAGGGUAUGGACAUUAUCACUGCCCACAGUAUAGAAAAACCUCUUCGCGAACAUACAAGACCUGAAUCUUCAGUUAUCAAAGCUUUGCCCUUAUUGGAUUAUCCAAAACAAUUCCAAAUUUAUAGAGAUUCUGAAGAUAAGAGCAAGGACGACACAUCAAAUUCUCGUCCUUGUAUAUCAGACCCGUCUACUGGAGAAAACUUCCCUCUCACACAAUUUAGUCCGAAGACCCCAGUGCCAGUUCCUGAUCAACCUUUACCAAGAGUACUUAUACCAAAGAGCAUAAACUCUACGAAAUCCAAUAGAUCAAAGACCUUACCAAAUACUGAGGGUACUGGACGAGAGUCGCAGAAUAAUUUAAAGAGAAGAUUCACUACUGAGCCAAUACUGAAGGCAGAAGAAACUGAAAAUAAUGACAUACUGCAAAAUAAAAAACUUCAUCAGUAA